UGACCGGCUGUCAAAUAUGGCCCCGUCCUACUGGGUGUGAGAGGAGCGACAGCUGACAAAGGGGAAAGACAUCUGUAAUAUUUGCCACCCGCCUCCGUCCGGACAGCACUGCUCUCAUGUGCAAGUGAAAAGUGCCUGCCAAAUGAUGACGGUGAGGAACUGACAGGAGGAUUCCUUCAUUGUUGCUGACCAUCUGUUCAGAUCCACCCCCCUGCCUCCCUCCAUGCGAGCCCUCCGGCCUGCAGCCAUGCAAAUCAACGCGUCGCUCGUGGAGUCCGCCGUGGUUCUGGCCGUGGUGCUGUGCGUCCACAUGGCCGUCUGGAACCAGCACUCCUGGUGCAGCAUCGCCCUCGUCAUCCAGGCGUUCUAUGUGCAGCACAAAUGGGACCGCCUGCUCAGGUCAGGGGGUGCCGUGUUCCAGUUUCGUCCCACGGCGAACAGCGGCAUCGUCCCGGCCUCCAUGGUGAUGCCCUUGCUCGGCCUGGCGCUGAAGGAGAAGUGCUCCGCCUCAGGGAACGUCUACUUUGAGCGCUUCUCCAUGGUCAUCACCAUCACCGGCAUGAUGCUGGCUCUGUUCCUCUCGCUGAUCGCGCUCGGCAUCACAAGACCUGUGCCCACGAACACUUGUGUGAUCGCAGGCAUGUCUGGCAGUGCAAUUCUCUACACCACCAAACAGACUCUGACGGUGUCGGAGGUCAUCGAGGUGCUGGAGGUACUUUUGAUCUUCGUCUAUCUCAGCCUAAUCGUGCUGUAUCUGCUGCCACGCUGCUUCACGCCCGGAGAGGCGCUCCUCAUCGUUGGUGGGAUCAGCUUCAUCGUCAACCAGCUCAUCAAGCGCUCCCUGAAUCUGGCAGAGGUCAAAGGAGACCCAGUGAACUAUUUCUUGCCGGUGGUAGUGGUGGGCUCUCUGUUGCUGGGCGUUUUCUUUGCCCUGCUAUUCUGUUUCAUGGAGUCGGAGACCUGGGUGUCAUCGCUCUUCUUUCACAUGAUGACAGCCGUUCUGUGUCUGGGAAUCCUCAUGCCGUGGCUCUCCCUGUUCAUCGGCCGGCACCCCUUAAUGUGGCUGCUGGACUUCCUCACGUUGAACGACAGGAGACUCUGUCUGCUGGGGUACUGGGUGUUUCUGGCUGUCGUGGCCACCUGUGUCGUGUUACACCAGAACUACCAGCGCCAGUCUGGGUCCAAGAAGCACCAGGCCUCGACCGUUGUCAGGAAGUACUUUCAUCUGAUCGUAGUGGCCACGUAUGUUCCAGGGCUGAUUUAUGACAGACAGCUGCUUCAGGUGGCGUCUGUGGGUUGCCUGGCAAUCUUCCUGUUCCUGGAGUACGUGCGUUACUUUCGGAUCAGGCCCCUGGGGCAGCUACUCAGGCAGCUGCUCACCCUGUUCCUGGACGAGCGUGACUCUGGGCCGCUCAUCCUUACCCACGUCUACCUGCUGGUGGGCAUGUCUCUGCCCAUAUGGUUGUUUCCAGGGCCCUGUGCCCCUAAGGGGAUACUUCCUGGUGCGGGUGGCCUGGUGCCUUAUGCCGGUGUGCUGGCGGUCGGGGUCGGAGACACCGUGGCUUCUGUGUUUGGCAGCACCAUGGGGGAGAUCCGCUGGCCUGGCACCAAGAAAACCAUGGAGGGGACGGCAACGUCGGUGUUCGCCCAAAUCAUCGCCGUGGCCAUGUUUCUCAUCUUCGAUGGGAACAUCAAUCUGAACUCCACCUACUCGUGGAUUGUUGGCUCCAUCACCCUGGUGGCCAUGUUGGAGGCCUACACCUCCCAAAUAGACAACCUCCUUCUCCCACUCUACCUCUUCAUCCUGCUGCUGCUUUGAAUGGACAGAUGGCACAAACAAAAAAACAGAUUCCACCCCCUGUCCUCAACCCUUUCUGUGGGGAGAAACCAGAAUUGUGAAUUGGGGGGGGGGGGUAAGAAAUACAAAAAGAAAAUAAUAAUAAUCAAAUUAAGUCCCUUUUGGAAUCUGGAGUAUUUUUUAGUAGCACAAUAAAGAAAUGGUGAAAAGCUUAAUGGAGCCUGGUAAUAAACGUGGCACUGACAUUAAUGUGCCUGCUGUCUUUGGCAGCAGACUCAAUGUUAGCAGGACAUUCGAGUCUGCUGUCUCCAGAUCCCAGGUCAUGUCAGUGCGAGCUGCUCUGAGGAAAGAGACGAUCAUUUCAGAAAGAUGCUCAAUAUUUUUAUUCUGUGUCACCAUCUCAAACAAUUUCAACUCAACUGAUUUAUGCAAAGGAGAUUCAGGCUAACAAAUUUGUGGAUAAAAAAGAAGUCUAUUGAAUUCUGGACAUUGCAGAUGCUGCUAGAAGGCACAUUUAGAUCAUUGAAGAGGAGGUCGUCUUAUCCCUUUCCUACAAACGGAUACAUGCCUUUGUAUUGCCUUCGAAGAACAUUAUUUAAAGUUAGCUUGUUGAUAUGUCUUUUUCUUAAAUCAACGUCUUUUCCAUCAUUGGAAUAUUAUUUCGCCGAUGGCCGAUGGCAAUACGAUGAAGGACUUUCUGAUGAAAACAUUUGCCUUAAGAAGUAAAUUUUCUAUCACACAUUACCUUCUAUUGUAGAUGCUGUACAGUAGGCGAAAGCAUGGCUCCACUCUUCUUUACAAGGGCUGGUUUAUACUUCGAUAUGGCAGAAAAUUCACUAUGCUCCUGCAUGACACCAAUGUGAAAUCCAGUUACUGUUACCAACAUGUACAGAGGUAUACUACAGUAUUUUUGUUUUAUUUGGUACAUUUGCUUUGCUAAAUAUUUCUGUGGUUUGAUGGGACCCCUCAAAGGUAAACUUUAUAUAUACAUUUCCUUGUGAUACUACUGAGCCUUCAUACACCGCGUAUUUUUGGAAUCUGUAGAUUUGCUGUGGGCCAAGUUUUUAUUUAAUAUUUAAUUCACCGAAAUUAAAUAAUUUCACAACCUAGAAGGUGUUUUCAGGAUGGAUACAUUUCCAGCCUUUCGUCUACUUUAAUCUGUGAAAGUUCUUUGGUGUUUUUUUACGUUGUGAUGAGGGUUUAUUAGCAUGAUCCUACUAGUAUGUUGUUUUUACCAUCGUCCCUACAUUUAAAAUAAAUAAAGGGUAAAAUUGCAUGUUGAGUGCAUCCGGGGAGAACGAUAAAAACUGAUAUGCCUCCAGUGUUUAGUCCAUUUGUUAAAUGCUCCUUUGAGGAUUGAGAAGAGGAACCUGAAGUGGUCCCACUUUGACGACGUCAACGUCAGCCCCUUUGCUUUCUCAGUUUGAUUUUUGAAAUCGAUGAAGAUGUUGUUGUUUAGAAUCAUCCAUACAUAAAAUUAAGUUGUUUUUCCAAUUAAGUUGCGUCUAAGAAUCAACAUACUUGAAAACAGAAAUGCUCAGUUUGUCUGUAAAAAUAGGAAUCUGCCAUUUUGUUCUGACAUGAAUGUGAUAAAAUAAAAAAUGACAAGAAUAAUGCUGGUUGGUGACGAUGUUGAUGAGGAGACGAAUAAAAGUAGAUCUAGAUAUCA